AUGCUAUUCCGGCUGGCAGCGGCAGUCUGUUGCCUUAUUGUAACCACUAUAUCAUCACCUAUCCAAGACAGGAAAAGGCCUCAGUUAAUAUCUCUCGUUAAUUUAGGAUAUGCUCAGUACCAAGGUACAUUAUUGAGCUUAGGAAUCACUCAAUACCUUGGCAUGCGAUAUGCAUCUCCCCCUCUCGGCGACUUACGAUUUCGCGCCCCUCAACCACCCCAAAGCUUGAGUGGUGUUCAAAAUGCUCAAACGUUUCAACCGAUUUGCCUCGCUACUAAUAAUGGACCCACCUCCUCCCAAUCAGAAGAUUGUCUGUUCGUAAACGUAUGGGCACCCAGCACUGCUACUUCGGCUUCCAAACUUCCAGUAUGGGUCUUUAUACAAGGCGGCGGAUAUAUCUCCAAUUCCAAUGCCAAUUUUAAUGGCUCAACAGUAGUCAAUACAUCGAAUCGUGGUAUCGUUUUUGUCAAUUUCAAUUAUAGGGUUGGACCGUUUGGUUUUUUGACAAGCGAGAAAGUAAGACAAAAUGGACAUUUAAAUACCGGACUUCUUGACCAACGUUUACUAUUACAAUGGGUUCAAAAUCAUAUAGCCCAGUUUGGUGGUGAUCCAAAUCACGUGGUUAUUCAUGGAGAUUCUGCUGGUGCCGGCUCUGUCGCACUUCAUCUUACAGCAUACGGUGGUAGAAAUGAUGGUCUCUUUAUCGGUGGAAUCGGCGAAUCCCCUUUCUUUCCGACGCAACCUCAAGUAUCAGAAUUAGAAUGGCAAUUUGACCGUUAUGCAAACUCAGCUGGCUGCGGAUCAGCAGGUGACGUUCUCGGAUGUUUAAGAUCUCAAAGUACAGCUGUCCUUCAAGCAGCAAAUAUUGCUUCUCCAUAUCCGGGACAAGUGGCCUCGCCUCUUUUCUAUUGGACUCCUACUAUCGAUGGAGACUUUAUACAGGAUUAUCCUUAUGUUCUUUUUGAGAAAGGUCUAUUCGUGCAUGUGCCGAUUAUGUUUGGAGACACUUACCCAUUGAUGCUUUCAACAGACGUCACAGAAGAAGGAUCCGUAUUCGCCCCCAACGCUGCCUCACCAAACGACAUCGCAACCUUUUUCAAAAAUAACUACCCCCUUCUAACCUCCACCGAUACCACCGCCAUAAACACCCAAUACCCACUCACCUCCCCCCUCCCAAACCACGCCCCCUAUUUCCCCUCUGUAUCCACCGCUUACGGCGAAACAACCUUUACGUGCCCCGCGAUAACCAUCUCCAUCGCUCUCGCCACCCACAACGACCCAAGCCAAGUAUGGUCCUACCGCUACAACGUCCUCGACACCAACAACCUCGCCCAAGGUCUCGGCGUCCCCCACGUCUUCGAAUUACCCGCCAUCUUCGGCCCCGGCAAUGCCAACGAUGGCCCAUCGAGUUACACGUCAUAUAAUGCGAAUAUAGUCCCGGUCGUCAUGAAAUAUUGGAUAAGCUUUGUUAAAUUCCUAAGUCCGAAUCAGGGAAAGGAUCAGAGUGCGCCGCAUUGGGAGAGCUUAGGUAGUUUAAGUGCGGCGGGGGGAACGUUGAGGAGAUUGCUGUUGCAGACGAAUGGGAGUAUGGUGGAGAUUAUUCCGGAUGAACAGCUGGCGAGGUGUAGUUUUUGGAAGGGGUUGGCGGGGAGGAUGGAGCAGUAG